AAAUGUACUCUUCUACAUUGAUUAGCUCUAAUGUAUUAAUCAUAACAUUUAAAGAAAAUGUAUUUCAAAGUUUUUAAAGUAUUUUGUUUAACACCUGAUCCAUCCUUUUUUGCUCCAUACUAGGUCAAAAUGCAGAAGACCAUUUUUUAUCCAGGGAGACUAAGUGUGGUUUUCCGCAAGGGACCCCUUGGCUUUCUUCUCCAGGAUCCCUCUCCUGAGGCCAAGAARAUAAAAAAUAAUCCCAGUCUGUGGGACAAGUCUGAGCCCAAGAGAGAGGAUGUUGUGCGGCAGAAUGCUUUGACUGUGGUCCGGGAAAGAGGAGGGGAUGUCACAGAUGUGUCAGAGGUCCUGGGAGAUUACAGCCUCCAAUUUGGAAAAUAUAAAGGGAAGAGUUUCCGAUGGCUCUUAGAAAAUGAUGCAGGUUACACUUUGUACCUCAUCAGAAACCUUCAGGAGGAGGAGGAAGCUGGGAUCUGUAUAACUGAGAGCCUUAGCAAAGUAAGCCUCCUUACUUUUGUGAAAUAUGCUCUCAGUUUUAAAGAAAUUAAAGAUGCCCUGGAAUAUGAAGCCAGCAGAGAUGAUGUUACAGCAGCCUGUUCUGAACAUGACCAGCUGGUUGGUUUUGGUUCUCGGGCCAAGAGCACGUGGAAGGAAAUAUGGGAUGGUAGAGAAGAUGGUUAUGCUGSCUUCAUASUGAAGAAGASCUGCCUUCCUGGGACCAGGAUGAAGAAGCUGCAGCAGUACCUGCUCAAGAGACAACAGUCCUCCUCCAGUCAAACCAACACACCAUCCAGUGAACCAGAUACAUCUCUGGUGAUGGAGGAGGACGAAGGAUUGGAGGCUGCAAUGCUAAACAUCUCACCCUCUAAAAUCUUGAGCAGUAAACAGAUUAUGGUUUUGUUUGCUGAAAGUCUAAAAUAUGUUCUGCUUGCACUUAGUUUCUCUCACACAUUUAUCUCUGCGUAUCCAGUGUCAGGGUCAUCGGAAACAGAGAGAACCCCAGUGUCAAAAGCAUCUUCAAGAGCAAAGACAGGUUUUUCUUAAAAUAGGAGGUUUCAGAACUG